CCGCUCUGUCGCCCGGGUUGCAAGCCAAGCUCCGUGUCCGGGAAGCUUGGGCUAUCCGGGUGCUUGCUCUCGCCUCGUGUAUCAGAUAUUUGCAAACCGCACACAGCAACUUGGUGGACGCGCCUCGAAGGCAAUGUCACGAACCCCAUCUCCCGCAUCAAAAAUCAAACCAGCAGCUGGGCUACUUGGGCUGACGGACCUCAGAACGUUCAACCGAUAGGACACCCGAUAUUGAUCUGUAUAUGCAUCCGAAUGACCAAUUUGGCGAACUCUACGGCGAGCCACGGAGCAUCGGGGGCAUAUAAAAGGGCCUGCUCUCUCCCCAUCGAUUCUCUGCCGCAUACUUCCACCACCACCCGACUCGGACUUGUCUGAAUCCCAUAGCAUCUCUGUACACUGCCGUGCUCGACGAACAUGGCUCCCAACCCGCAAUGCACUGCGCUCGCCGCCGCCAAGGACAAGAAAGGCAUUUCGUACUCGGAGAUCGCGUCCAAGCUGCACCUCUCCGAGCAGCGGAUCAUUGACAUCUGCACUGGUGCGGCCGUCCCCACGACCGGCGAGUUCGACUCUCUCGCCCAGGUGCUCGACAUCAAGUCGACGCCGCCUCACGACUCUGCUCACGUUCGUGUAUGAGGGUGGAGUGCGAUGUGACCAGCUCUGCUUGUCUAACACAUAUCAAUUGU